UGAAGUACACUUUGAAUUGGGACAGCCGUCGUCGCGUGGCGGUGACGUAAUCGCACUUGAAAUGCGUACUUCAAGCGUGCAGACCCUGAAUUGGGACACAGCCUUUGUGUGUCAAGUUUCUCUGCUACAUUUUUGAUCAGGCAGAUUUUUCAACGCUCCUCAAACGCCAUCAAGACGCGUCGCAGGACCCAGUGAAACUCACAUGUACGCCCCUAGUGUGCAUGCCUGAGGUUAAAUAGUCUUUUAGUGUGUAGUUUAUAAAGUUUUGAGUACAUAAAACGUACAGUUUGUCCGCAAUGAGCUCUCAGAUUACUUGUAUCGGGUGGGUAAAACGAGGCGUUGCCAAGGAAACCCCGGAUAAAGUUGAGUUGAGCCAGGAGGAGCUCCAGCGAAUCAUCACUGAGGCGAAAGAAGAAUUGGGGGAACUGGCAGCUGAGGACGAAGAAGAAGAUGCUGAGGGUGUACCUGUUGAAGAGCGUGAUACUGCUGAAGUGCCACAGGAUGAGAGUGAAGAAGGAAAAGAGGAUGAGCUAGCAGAGUAUGGCCUGGAUAAAUAUGAUGAAGAGGACACAGUGACCGCUAAUCUUGGUGACAGCCUGGCUGGACUCACAGUGUUCAGCUCUAAUGAGGAGGAUCCUUACAUCACCAUCAAAGACACAGACCAGUAUGAGCGUGAGGACUUUCAAAUCAAACCCACUGACAACCUGAUCCUGGCAGGCAAAGCAGAGAAGGAUUGCUGCAAUUUGGAAAUCUUUGUUUACAACUCAGAGGAGGACUCUCUUUAUGUUCAUCACGAUAUUCUGCUGCCAGCUUAUCCACUGUGUGUGGAGUGGCUAAAUUUUGACCCAAAUCCUGCAGAAGGAACAUCUAACUAUGCAGCUGUGGGCAACAUGACCCCUCAGAUAGACGUGUGGGAUCUGGAUGUGGUGGACUGUUUAGAGCCAGCCUUCUCUCUGGGAAGCAAAAAAGCCUCCAAGAAGAAAAAGAAGAGCAAAAAGGGGGCAGCAGCAGAACCUGUUGAGGGACACACAGAUGCAGUGCUGGAUUUAUCCUGGAACCAGCUGGUCAGGAACGUGUUGGCUAGCGGUUCUGCAGAUGAAACAGUUAUCUUGUGGGAUAUGUCUCAAGGCAAGCCAGCCACAACCCUGCGCAGACACACUGAUAAGGUCCAGACGUUAACAUUCCACCCGUUUGAAGCCCAGACUUUGCUAUCGGGAUCUUAUGACAAGACAGCUGUACUUUAUGAUUGUCGGAGUCCAGACAGCAGCUAUCGGACAUGGAGGUUCAGUGGCCAAGUGGAACGUUUGGUCUGGAACCACUUUUCACCCUGCAAUUUCCUGGCAAGUACAGAGGAUGGUUUUGUCUACUGCCUCGAUGCACGCUCAGAUAAACCGGUGUUCACACUGAGGGCACACGAUGAAGAAGUGUCAGGGUUGGCCCUCAGCAGCCAGAUUAAAGGAUGCAUGGUCACCUCUUCAGCUGACAAACAUGUUAAGAUUUGGGACAUUUUAGGCAACAAACCCAACCUGGUGCACUCGCGGGAUAUGAAAAUGGGUGUGCUGUUCUGCGCAUCAUGUUGCCCCGACCUGCCCUUCAUCUAUGCCUUUGGGGGACAGAAGGAAGGUCUGCGAGUUUGGGAUAUAAGUGAUGUUGCAGCAGUGGCCGAGGUCUUUGGCAGUCGAGAACGCUUGGUGGCAAGUACGGGAUCACAGGCAUCCAGCGCUGCAGCCACAUCUGACAUGGAGGUCUCCUAGUGACAGUCUGGUUAAAAUGGAUAAACUGAGCUAAUGUGGAAACACAUCAAGCUGCCAUGCUUGUGGCUUCUUUGUGGAAGCUCCACUGAGAGGCUGGCCAGUCUUUGAAAACCAGGCCCAAAGGAACCAAAGAGCUCAGUUCAGCUUCUCUCUUUCCACAUAUAAGGCCGCUGACAAGAACAUUUAAAGACAUGUUCAGGAAAGUCGAGGAACAGUUGCUCUUAAAUUAAUAUAAGUGGACUUCUUUCAAAUUUUGAAUGACUGGGUGUAAUUUAAAAUCCAUGCAGUUUUUUUUCUGUACAUUACCAAUGUAAUAUGCUGCUUAUAUUACUUUCUCAAGAAUACCAUGCACACUGAUCUGAACAGUGGUUUUAUACCCUUUUCUGCUAAUAGAUAAAAAUUUUGGGGGAAAAAAGUCUGUACAGUUAUUUGAUUUGGCUCAAGUGUAAAAAUAAAUAAAUAAUGGACUCCUCCAACUGUUGUAUAUUCAAGAAAUAAACACAGUUCAUUAGA